CGUCCAUUACACGACGCCUCCCUUUCCUCAUCACUAUACUACCACUCCAGUGAUUCCCUCCCUCACUCCUACCCUCCCCCCUUCAUUAUAUACUUUUAUUAGUUGCCCUCCCACGCACCACUUUAUCACUUGUUUCUCCUCAACUCUUUCUCGCCCCUUCUCUCCUCCGUUCACCACCGUCGGCCGCAACCACCACCAUGUCGGAGAAAGUGUGUGAGCACCACAGGGAUAAGCGAAGGAAGAUCUUCCGCCGAAUAUUCGCGGGGAUCCUCAUCUUCCUGUUCAUAGUCCUCGUCACCAUACUCAUAAUCUGGGCAAUUCUCCGUCCUACCAAGCCCGUCUUCAUCCUUCAGGACGUCACUGUUUACGCCUUCAACGCUACCGUCCCCAACUUCCUCACCUCCAACUUCCAGGUCACGCUCUCUUCCCGAAAUCCCAACGACAAGAUCGGAGUCUACUACGACCGCCUGGACACCUACGUCACCUACCAGAACCAACAGAUCACCUACCGGACAUCAAUCCCGCCGUCGUAUCAGGGCCACGACGAAGUCGACGUGUGGUCGCCGUUUGUCUACGGCACCAACGUGCCGGUAGCUCCCUUCAACUUCGCCUCCCUCAGUCAGGAUCAAUCCAACGGCAACAUCCUGGUCAUAAUCAAAAUUGAUGGGCGCGCGAGAUGGAAAGUCGGGGCCUUCAUUUCCGGGCGUUACCAUCUUUAUGUACGGUGCCCGGCGUUUAUAACAUUCGGGCCACGGAGUAACGGAAUUAAUGUGGGGGAGAACGCCGUGAAGUAUCAGUUGGUCCAGCGGUGCACCGUGAGCGUGUGAAGAUGGGUGCGGCCCCCCCACACGUUCGGCGGAGGGAAGUCAACGUCCAUCUGUGAGAACCCAAUUACACAGUGUCCAUCUCUUAGCUCCUGGCUCCUUAUCUGAGUAUUUUUACAAUCAUCUGUUUUCAAUUUUUUGUAUAAUUUUUUCCGUCUGAACCCUCUAUUGGUCCAAGUGAAUCUGUAUUUUAUCACUACUGUGUUCACAUUAGAUAAACGCACGACGUAAGGUCUCCGGAAUUGUACAUUUGGCUAUUAAUAAAGAGGAAAUUAUGCAUAUAUAGUGAAAA